AGAUUUGUAUCAUGGCGUACUUUCACGCAUUCUUGGCCCAUAAAAUUUGACCUUAGGUCUGAACUAUUAAAAUUUACAUUAUAAUUAUUUGAAGAUAAAAAAAAGUAAUAAGAAAGGAAAGGAGUGGCUCGGUGUUCUUGUCUAAAACAAAUAUCCGUAUAAAUAAAGAGGAAGACUUAUUUUCCCGAAGCAUCCUUGACAAUUACACAACGAUUUCAAGGGUGACUGUCAAGUACCUGACCUAUCCGUGUGAAUUGAUUUUCAUUCUAGUCAAUAUACGUCAUUGCUUUCAUUCCGGUGGAGUAAAAGAGACGGCUCAGGACAAUAUUUAGACAAACAGAUCCGUGACCUUUGAAUCAACAGCGCCGUUGAGGAAAAAGCUACGCGGGAAGGAUGAAGACGAUUUGGGUGAUCGGUGGACCAGGAUGCGGCAAGGGGACACAAUGCGAUCGUAUGAUCGAGAAUUACGGAUUCCUUCACCUGAGCAGCGGGGAUCUGUUGCGCGCGGAAGUCGCCAGCGGUAGCGAGAGGGGUGCUUCACUCCAGGACUUGAUGUCCAAAGGAUUAUUCGUGCCAACAGACAUUGUGUUGGAGCUCAUAAAGGAAAAGAUGGAUAAGGCUCGUGAGGAGGGUACUACCAAAACUGGGUUUCUUAUCGAUGGGUAUCCUCGUGAAAAGGACCAAGGCAUUCUCUUUGAGGAGAAGGUAUGCUCUGUGGACUUGAUUCUCUUCUUCGAUGUAGCAAAUGAAACUCUGAAGAAAAGACUUCUCGGACGUGCUGCUGUUUCUCAAAGAGCAGAUGACAAUGAAGAGACGAUCAAAAAGAGAAUAGAGAUAUUUAACUUGAAGAACAAUGAGAUUGUCGAACACUACAAAGAUAAAGUUGUCAGAAUUAAUGCAGAAGGAACAGUGGACGAAAUAUUUGCCGAGGUGAAAAAAGCAUUGGACGCUUUAUUAGCGUAGUUUAUUAUUAGAUUAAUUUCAUCAAAGAAGAGAUCGCGCAGUAAAUAUCAUCAUGAGAUUCGUUACUGAAUCCUCAUUGGAGUUUAUUAUACUCUACAUGAUACUGAGCAUGAUACUCUUCUUGUGUAAUGUAAAAUACACAAGUACCUUCAAUUGUUAAUUGUUAAAUAAAAUUAUACUGGUGCACAACA